CAUAAAGGAUUCGCGAUGGCCCUCCGUCCAUCCUGGUGCCUUCGGAUGUUAAGGAGGCGGACUCGACUGGUUUUGAAAUCGCUUUAAAGGUUCAGUCGAGGGAUUGAAGGUCCAGAGUUGACACGUCCAGCAACCAUGGCAGAUAAAGAAGAACACAAGAAGCCCAAGAAGAAGAGUCCUAAAGUCUGCGGUUAUCCUAUAAGCAUCUUUUUCAUCGUGAUCAAUGAGUUCUGCGAGCGUUUCUCCUACUAUGGCAUGAGAGCUGUGCUUGUGUUGUACUUCAAGUACUUCCUGAGAUGGGACGAUGACUUUGCCACCACCAUCUACCACACCUUUGUGGCUCUCUGCUACCUGACCCCUAUCCUCGGCGCCAUCAUCGCCGACUCGUGGCUCGGAAAGUUCAAGACCAUUGUUUACCUGUCCAUCGUUUACACGCUGGGCCAGGUCGUCUUGGCCAUAAGUGCCAUCCAUGACAUCACCGACACGAACAAGGAUGGCACCCCCGACAACAUGACCUUCCACGUAGCGCUGUCCAUGGUGGGGCUGCUCCUCAUCGCGCUGGGUACCGGGGGCAUCAAACCCUGCGUGGCCGCUUUCGGGGGAGACCAGUUUGAAGAUCACCAGGAGAAGCAAAGAGGCACCUUCUUCUCCAUCUUCUACCUGUCCAUCAAUGCAGGCAGCCUGCUGUCCACCAUCAUCACACCCAUUCUCAGAGGUCAGGAGUGUGGUAUUCACACUCAGCAACAGUGCUACCCUCUGGCUUUUGGAGUACCUGCUGCUCUCAUGGCGGUUGCUCUAAUUGUGUUCAUCGUCGGCAGUGGUAUGUACCAUAAAACGGCGCCACAGGGCAACAUCAUGGUGAAAGUUACCAAAUGCAUUGGCUUUGCUAUCAAGAACCGCUUCAGACAUCGCUCUUCUCAGUACCCCAAGAGAGAACAUUGGAUGGACUGGGCUGAUGAGAAAUACGAUAAACUCCUGAUUGCUCAGGUGAAAAUGGUGCUGAAGGUGCUGUUCCUCUACAUCCCUCUGCCUAUGUUCUGGGCUCUCUUUGACCAGCAGGGAUCCAGAUGGACCCUGCAGGCCACAACCAUGGAUGGGGAUUUUGGCGCAUUGACCAUCCAGCCUGACCAAAUGCAGACCGUCAACCCAAUCCUGAUUUUGAUUUUGGUCCCCAUCAUGGAUACCCUCAUUUACCCUUUGAUUUCCAAGUGCAAGUUGAACUUCACUCCGCUGAGGAGAAUCACUGUGGGCAUGUUUUUCGCUGCCAUGGCUUUUGUGGCUGCUGCUGUGGUCCAGCUCCAGAUCGAUAAAACCCUGCCUAAGUUUCCAUCUAACAGUGAGAUGCAAGUCAAGUUUAUCAACGCGGUCAACAGGGAGGUGGAUAUCACGGCUGGAGGACAUGUACUUCCACUGAAGCCCCUCACGGCCACUGAGACCUAUGAAACCUUCAAAAACCCUUUCCUACUGACCGUGGGGGAUUACGAAUAUGCCGUCUCUUUUCCCAAAGGCACUCGGAAUACCAUCACCAUCGUCCAAAAUGAGACCGAACUCGGCGCGAUACCGUUUGAGGACAUCACCAAAAAACCGGAGCAAGGCGCAAACGCCAUCAGAUUCUUUAAUGGGUUUGACACAGCCCUGAAUGUUACCGUGGGCGACAAAGAGAUUGGGUACAUCCAUCCCAACAACAUGUCUGAAUACACCUCUGUAAAACGUGGAUAUGCGGGGUACUGGAUCAGGAACGAUGCCGGACUUGAGUGCUUCGUCAAGCAGGAGCUGGGCUUCGGAAGCUCCUACACUUUGCUUAUCCCGCCCACUUUAACUUUUGAAGUGAAUUGCAGUGAGGGUGUCCAGAAGAUACUGGACAUCGAGCCCAACACAUUCAGCAUGGCCUGGCAGAUUCCUCAGUAUUUCCUCCUCACGGCAGGAGAAGUGGUCUUCUCUGUCACUGGUCUGGAGUUCUCCUACUCGCAGGCUCCAAGCAACAUGAAGGCAGUACUGCAGGCGGGUUGGCUUCUAACUGUUGCGUUCGGAAACAUCAUUGUGCUCAUUGUUGCAGAAGCAGCCACUCUGGAAGACCAGUGGGCUGAAUACAUCCUCUUUGCCGCAUUGCUGGUGUUGGUCUGCAUCAUCUUUGCCAUCAUGGCCUAUUUCUACACCUACAUUGACCCAGCCAAAAUAGAAGCUCAUUUUGCCAACAUGGAGUACGGUGAAAAAGAGAGGAAGAAGAGCUUAGAGAUGGCUAAGAAAGCCUCCUUUCAGCAUCAGGACGAGGACAACAAGAGCUCCGACUCCAGCUCGGACGAAGAGGAGGAAAGCAAGCAAUCGAAGAUGUGAAAACGCAGCUGCGCGGCUUUCUGUUUUGCGUCCGAGUGCUGACGGGUUGCGUUGAGUGACAGCGGUCGUUUUCUUUUGCCCUAUUAUCGGUUGAACUGAUAGCUGAAGAUGGAACAGUCGGAAUGCAGGAAAACCUGGGUGAAUGGAGGCGAAGUUGGUGGUGUUGGCGAUGGCUAGCGGCUAAUAAUAAACACCAUCAUCGACAUCCCAAAUUUAGGUUUAGUUUUAAUUUGAAAUCCUAAUUCUGUAAUUUAAGGUUUGCUUUUUUUCAAAUGUGUGUCCAAUAAUUGAAUUUUACACCAUAUUGUCUAUUACCAUGCGCUAAUUUACAAAACCAUAAUAUUAGUAUUUAUUUCUAUGCAGUGUUAAAAAGGUAUUUUAAACUUUAGAAACAAUACUGGAAUACAUUAUGAAAUUAUUUGGUUCAUUAUAAUGUUUCAGUUUAAAUAAAUGUUACCUGUUAUUUCCACAUAUGUGAAUAACCAAAGUUCAUUAUUUUCUGUGUGAAUCCCUGCUAAAACUCAUGUUGAAAAAAUUAUUUUGAGUAAAAAAACGUAAGUAAAUAUUAAUCAAACUUUUAUAACAUCUGCUGUUGACGGUGCAAAACGUUUAACUGAGAUAUAUGUUAAAUGAAAAAAUGACCUAGAAGUGUUGGGUUAUGUUAUUUAAUGUAUGUGUUUUUUUCUGUAAAUUUACUUAAUUUGAAAGUUUUUUUUAAAUAUUUUAUUCUUUUGUCUUUUACAAUAUUUUACAUUUAAAAAAGUCUUUCACCUGCUUAUUGACUGGUAACAUUUCUUUUUUGUUUAGUUUGUUUGUCCAAUUGAACACAAAGCUCCAUUUUUUAAUAAUAUAUUACAGACUUUUGUGUCACUUAGAAGUUUUGUUUUUUUCAAAAAAAUAUUGAUUCGGAAUUUAUUUACAAAACCUCAAAUGACACAUUAACAAUAUGCUUCUUAAAAGUAAAAAAAAAUGUAUCAAUUAACCCCUCCUCCCCUUUUCUUCUUCUUCAACAAACCGAUUGUCUCUUUAGCCAAUAAAAAAAGCGAGCAUAAA